AUGUUGGCCGCCGUGGAACAUGGUCCCAUCCUCUGCAGCGACUCCAACAUCCUCUGCCUCUCGUGGAAAGGCCGGGUGCCCAAGAGCGAGAAGGACAAGCCGGUGUGUCGGAGACGCUACUAUGAGGAGGGCUGGCUCGCCACGGGGAACGGGAGGGGAGUCGUUGGGGUGACGUUUACAUCCAGUCACUGCAGGAGGGACAGGAGCACCCCUCAGAGAAUCAAUUUUAACCUGCGAGGACACAACAGCGAGGUUGUCUUGGUGCGUUGGAAUGAGCCCUUUCAGAAGCUGGCCACCUGCGAUAUGGAAGGAGGUAUUUUUGUGUGGAUCCAGUAUGAAGGAAGAUGGUCUGUGGAGUUAGUGAACGACAGAGGAGCCCAGGUGAGUGACUUCACCUGGUCACAUGACGGCACUCAAGCCCUCAUCGCAUACAGGGACGGCUUUGUGUUAGUCGGCUCAGUCAGUGGACAGAGACACUGGUCCUCGGAGAUUAACCUGGAGAGUCAGAUCACCUGUGGCAUCUGGACCCCUGACGAUCAGCAGGUGUUGUUUGGUACAGCAGAUGGUCAGGUUAUAGUGAUGGACUGCCACGGCCGGAUGCUAGCCCACGUUCUGUUGCACGAGUCUGACGGGAUCGUGAGCAUGUCCUGGAACUGCCCCAAUUUCCUGGUGGAGGACAGCACAGAGAGUGACACCGACUCUGACGACAAUAUUCUGCCUUUAGAGUUACCUGAAUUAAUGUUUUCUGUUUUCCUCCAAGCGCGGCGAGUCAAGCCACUGUUGACAGUCACCUUCUUAUCGGGAGAUAUCAGUUUGAUGAACAACUACGAUGACCUCUCUCCUGCUGUAAUUCGCUCAGGGCUGAAAGAUGUUGAGGCCCAGUGGUGCUCCCAGGGAGAUCUGCUGGCUGUGGCCGGCAUGGAGAGACACGGGCUUCCUCCAGACUCUUCGUGUGGAUCCAUCAUGAGGAACGCCCUCGUAAAGUUUUAUAACGUCCAAGGAGAACACAUCUACACUUUGGAGACACCGGCACAGAGGCCCAUCACCACCAUCUGUUGGGGUCACAGAGACUCUCGUCUCUUCCUUGCCUGCGGCCCUGCUCUGUACGUGGUGCGUGUGGAGCACAGGGUCGCCAGCCUCCAGCUCCUGUGCCAGCAGGGCAUCGCCAGCGCCCUGCGAGAGGAGAAGGAUGUGGGGAAACUCAACAUGCCGUCGUUGCUCUGCUCUUAUGUCACCACUGCUUUCAUACCAACCAUCAAGCCCCCGAUCCCUGACCCCAACAACAUCCGGGACUUUGUCAGCUAUCCCACAGCUGGCAACGAGAGGCUCCACUGCACCAUGAAGCGGGCGGAGGACAGCCCGGAGGCGAGCGGACCCUGCUACACUCUCUACCUGGAAUAUUUAGGAGGGCUGGUGCCUAUUCUCAAAGGAAGGAGGAUCAGCAAACUCCGGCCCGAGUUCAUCAUCAUGGAUCCAAAAAAUGACAGCAAAGCAGAGGAGGUGUGUGUGAACCCCAUGAUCUCAUACGCCGACAGCUGUAACUGCUCAGACUCCAGUGACAUUGAGUUGAGCGACGAGUGGGUCGGGAAGAAGUCACCAAAGUUAUCCCGAGGAAACAGGUCAGAAAUGUUUCAAAGGAUGAACAUAGAAUCAAGAAAAUCGCCUAAACUCUCACGGACCAAUCAGGAAGGCCAGCGGUCGCCACGGUUACCGACAAAGAAGCCUCCAAUACGAUCUCCCAGUCUGACACGACGGGAGUUUUCUAUGGAUGGAAUCACUGAGCACAACUACCUUGCUCAAGUCACAUCCAACAUUUGGGGGACAAAGUUCAAAAUAGUCGGACUUGCAUCGUUCCUCCCCGCCAACCUUGGAGCAGUCAUCUAUAAGACCAGUUUACUUCAUUUGCAACCGAGGCAGAUGACCAUCUACCUGCCGGAAGUGCGAAAGAUUUCUCACGACUUUAUGAGCCUGCCCGUGUUCAACCCUAAUGUGUUCAGUGAAGAUGAGGACGAUUUACCAGUAAUGGGGCCAUCAGGAGUGGCAGGAGACAAUCCUUCCUGUACGGUCAACAUUCCCAUCGCUCCUAUCCACAGCCCGGCUCAGGCCAUGUCCCCGACUCAAAGUAUCGGCCUGGUUCAGUCGCUCCUGGCCAAUCAGAACAUUCAGCUCGAUGUUUUGACCAACCCCACAGCCACUGCGGCGGCAGCAGUCGCAGCAGCUGCGGCUUCUGUCCCGGUCCCCGAUCACAGCCAGGAUGCAGUUGCAUCACCGUACCCAGUGCCGACCAGAUACUCAAACCCUGGCCAGGUGAUCUUCAACGGGCUGGAGAUGGGUCCUCUUCUUCCUGGUACUCUACCACCUCCACCUCACCAUCUCCCGCCUCACCCACAGCGGCCUCAUUCGCAUCUGCCAAGGACUUUACCCCCCUCCUUCAGCGACACAGAUGGGUCCAUCGAGAUUCAGAUGAGGAAGGUGAAUCCUCCUCCUCCAUAUCCAGGCACUGCAGUCUCUGCCAUCGCAGGCGCAGCCGCAGCCGCAGCCCCACCUCAGACUCUUGUCACAAACAGCCCGAGCAUCCUGGCAACCGACCCCUGUCUGAAGAAGGAUGACUUCUUGCUUCACCCCCUCACUUUGCAGUACCCGACUCCUCUGGGUUAUGAAAGGAUCACGACCUUUGACAGCAGCGGCAAUGUGGAGGAGGUCUGUCGGCCACGCAGGCGCCUCAUUCGAAACCAAAAUGCAUACACUGUGCAUGGCAUCGGAGGCUCUGCCACACUCAGAGUCACCUCCUCUGAGAAUAAAAAAGUUCAGCUUCCGUACAGCUCAGCAACACUGAGUCGUCUCUCUGUCCCUCGAUACUCGAUACCAAGUGGAGACCCUCCUCCUUACCCUGAUCCGGCCAAUCAAGUAACUGCCACACUUCCUCCUCCCCAGAGAAGCGACAGCAGUCUUAUUCAUGCCACUCUACGCCGUGACCGCAGGGACGUGGGACUGAAAGUGCCGCAGAUGAUGGAAAGCUCAAGAACCCUUCCCACCAAGGCAAAAAUGAACAGUGCAUUAGCUCUCUCCUACCAGCAGAGGGUGCCCACUGCAUUGUACACGUGCACACAGUGCAGCAGUAACAGCACCAGCACCAGUCUCAGUGUCAGUGGAGGUGGAACCACAAGUAGUGGUAUUGCAGGUGGCACGGUGGUGAGGCAGGAAUUCCCGACGGGGAAAAGUUCACAUCACAGUACGAUUAUCGUGCACUCCAAGAGCACCUCCCCUCUGGCCUCCCACUCCUCCUACAGUCUGCUGGGUGCUGUUGAUAACAGCCGGGACAGAACAGUGUACGUCAACUCCGCCUUUACUGAAGACGAGACUUUAAAUCAACAGUCUCACCUUGAAAAAUCAGUGCGUCAGCUGACUCUCGGAGAUGUCAGUUUGACGGUGAAACGCCCUCCACCUUACCAGUGGGACACAUCCACCACCGAGGAGUUUUGGCUCACCCCAGAGCAAACCAUGUUAGCUCCUCAACCAGGACCUCAUAAACCACCUCCAAUCAUCAUCAGUCAGGCUCAACAAUUUGUGCUCACAACGAAACCGCCGUCAAGUACAACCACGGGCACUCUUACUUUCCCAUCAGGUUACCAGAUAUCCCUCUCACCUUUUCCACCAGGUGUGGGUCAUGGCGGGCCACCACUUCAGACCUUACAGAACCCUUCACCUCAAUGCUCUCCAAACGAAGUCCCUUUUGCUCAGCAGGAUCCCACUUUGGUAUUACCACCUGGUUACCCUUCGAGCCUCGCUAACCUGGCUUGCUGCCCCCUCCCUCCGAUGUAUCCUGGAGCCAGCUCGUGUUCUGGACUCCAGCUGCACCCUGUCAACCUCCAACCCUGGAACCCCUACCCCUGCCCACCGCCCAUGCAAGACCCUCCAGCACCUCCCCUCCCGACCAAAACCCAUCAGAUUUUAGAGAAGCCGAUUCUCUCCCCACCUCCCCCAACUGGACCACCCCCGCCACCUCCUCUCCCGCCUCCCCCUCCACCUACCGAGCUACCACCAUCCAAAAGUGCCACAGAGGAUUUGACAGAGUCUGCAAACAACUUUCCAGAGCCAUCAUCCCUGAAUGAGAGCCCUGUGCCGCAGGAGUCGGAGCGCUUCAACAAGAAGAGCCGUAAGAGACUGGACAGCAGGGCUGAGGAGGGCAACAUGACCACCGUCUCCGAGGGCAAGUCCAGAAAGGAAGGGCGAGCGCUCUCCGACUUCAACACGCUCAUUUCCAGCCCGAGGCUUGGCAGCAGAGAGAAGAAGAAGCCCAAAGGGCCGAGAGAACAACUCAAUAAAACCAAGAAGAUGAGCAGGACAACGAAUGAGUUCCAGGAUAGUUCAGAGAGCGAGCCAGAGCUGUUCAUCAGCGGCGAUGAGCUCAUGAACCAGAACCAGAGUAGUAAGAAGAGCUGGAAGAACAAGCGCAGCAUGCGUAUGGCGAGCGAGCUGGAGGAGAUUAAAUGUCGCAAGGCGAAUGAAAGAGAGGACCGUAGUUUGGGCAGCCAAGGAUUUGUCUACGUCAUGGCCAAUAAACAACCAUUGUGGAACGAAGCCACGCAGGUCUACCAGCUGGACUUUGGAGGACGAGUCACGCAGGAGUCCGCAAAGAAUUUUCAGAUCGAGUUGGAUGGUCGACAGGUGAUGCAGUUCGGGCGGAUCGAUGGCAACGCAUACAUCUUGGAUUUCCAGUAUCCUUUCUCAGCAGUGCAGGCAUUUGCUGUGGCCUUGGCCAACGUGACUCAAAGGCUGAAAUGAAAAGGUUUAUUUUGUGUUGUUGCAGAAGAAUCCAAAAGAAGCUGCAGUGUGUGUUCCUGUGCACCUCUCAGUGUGGGGCUGUACCUGCCACAGUGUCAGCGUUGCAGCAGAUGAGAUUAUCAUAUGAGUUGCAUAUGCAGAUA